AUGGCUUCGCGAGCGCUGCCAAUGGCCGGCGCGGUUUCACGGACUGAGCUGGCGGGAAUUCGAGAUAAGAUGCCGCAGGGAGACUUGCUGGGCGAGCAGACUGGUCCCGAAGCUGAUCGCACAUGGAAACCCGCCGCGGAGCUCGGGACUCGGGACGCAACACAUCUUGCAGGCCUCAUCAAUGCAGCUAACUGGUCGUUCAACGACGAGCAGGUCUUUGUGCUGCGAAAGCAGAUUCUCCGAGCCUACCGGCAGCUGGAGGCCAAAAAGUCUCAAGAUGCGAAGAAUCCGCCCUUCAAGGUCUACGUCUACGAUGAGGAGGAAGUGCCUCAGCUGAAGCCAUUGCUGCGGAGUCAGAUCUAUUGCAGCCGAGGUCAGUGGGGCACCGACGUGCAAGUCCACGACUACUUUGUCACUUCCAAUUGUCAGACGGACGACCCCAAGGAGGCCGAUUUCUUCUUCGUGCCGGGCUAUGCCAUUUGUGUGCUGGAAGGCCUCAAGCGGGGGCUGCCAGAGCCGAUGCUGUUUGAGCUUGGGCAGUGA